AUGGAAGAAAAGCCAACAUCAGGUUCAAUGGCUCAAGCCAAAACAGCCGGAGGAAAUUACAAGAAUGAAUAUGCCACUAUCUCAGCUACCAGCUCCACUGCCGAAAACCCUGCCCUCCAAAGACUAAACCACCUCCAGAAAAUGGAAAAAUAAAUCUUGGAAGGGAAUCAAAGCAGAGUACACUGGAAGACCCGGAACAUGUACUCUUCUCAACAAGAAGAGGUUCUUUCCAGUCUCCGAGUUCCAGAAAGAAAAUGAUAAUCAGAACAAAAUAUUCAUGGCGGCCCUAAGCAAGCUGGCUGAACUCGAAGUCAAGAAGAAAUAAGUCUGCUGCAACCAGCAGUGCGUCUUCGGCCAUGAGCGCAGCCAGUCCAUCAAACGCAGCCAGCUCGGCAGGGUCGACCAAGGACGGGUCUUACGCAAGCAAGAGCAGCACCAAGGCUGGAACAGGGGCUAAAUCACUGCAAGACUAUGUGAGUUUCAGGCCGAUUAAGGAGCACCAGUGGGUAUCGGGGCCACCAUCAACACACUUGUACACUCGAGGAGGGAGCACUGAUUACUCUGAAUUAUCUUACAAACUCCUUAAAUGUGAAGCAAGAUGCGUUAGAUCUACUCUCGAGACUCAUGGAUUUGUUUAUACAGAGUCUCAUGAUUGGAAUGUCCUAUGGAUUGUCUCUAUGGGUAAACCUUAUCUGUAUGAUGGGCUUAAUGAAUACCAGAAAAUUAAUCACUUUCCUCAAAGUUAUGAAUUAACUAGAAAGGACAAGCUUUGCUUGAAUGUGUUGAAGAUGCAAGAGAAAUUCGGUAAAAUGAAUUUCUAUAUUAUUCCUGAUACAUUUCUUCUUCCUGAUGAGUUUGCUGAUUUCUUUGCUGAAUUUCAUCAGGCUAAGAAUAAUGAAGGUAGGAAACCUCUUUGGAUUGUCAAACCAAAUGGAUCUUGUCAAGGAAAAGGAAUCUACUUGGUUGAUGAUAUAAAUGAUAUUGACCUCGAUGAUUCAUGUAUUAUCAGUAAAUACAUCCCUAACCCUCUUCUGAUUAACGGUCAUAAAUUCGACCUAAGAAUUUAUGUGCUCGUAACAUCAUGGGAUCCUCUUAGAGUGUAUGUUUACAAGGAAGGACUCACUAGAUUUGCUACAGAGGAAUAUACUACUUCUACUAAUAAGAAAAGUAGAUAUGUUCAUCUCACAAAUUAUUCUCUUAACAAGAAGAAUGCAAACUGGAAAACAAAUGAAGACAUUGAAAGAGAUGACUACGGAUUUAAAUGGUCAAUAACUGCACUUUGUAAACAUUUAGAACAGAUUGGUAUUGAUAUGAAUCUCCUUUGGUCCAAAGUAUAUGAUGUUAUUAUCAAGGCUCUUUUAUGUGGUGAACAUCCUAUUUUAACCGCUAUGAAGAGAAAUCUCUCCUACAGAACAAAUUGUUUCGAGUUAUUCGGAUUUGAUAUUAUCUUUGAUUCAGAUCUUAAGCCAUGGCUGUUAGAGAUAAACCUAUCUCCAUCUUUGAGCCAUGAUUCACCAUUAGAUUUCACUAUAAAAACAAACCUUGUUGCUGACACAUUCAAUUUGGUUGGAGUCCAUAAAUUUGACAGAAGAAGAGAGAGCAUGAACAAGAUGAAGAAUAGAAUGAAAGGACAAUACAAAGGUAAAGGAGGCUACACUACCAAAACAGGAGGCUCUAAUCUCAAAGGACUCUUCUCAGAUGAAGGGGAAGAAGGAAUCAAAUUUGGAGGGCUCUCAAAAGAAAUGGAGAGACUCAUUAAUGACUCAGACUGAGAUAAAGAAUUCAAAGAGCUGAUGAAGAAAAUGGCUAGACUCAAGAAUAGGGAUCUUAUUAAAGAGACCAUUACAGAAUAUGAAAGAAGAGGGAAUUUUGUCAGAAUUUUCCCUGCUCCUGGCUGUAACGAGUAUGAGAAAUACUUCCAGUACCAGAAGACUAUUAAUAGAUACAUCUAUAAAGUACUCUUUGAUGGAGGACUAAUCAGUAAGCAAGAUAUUGAUUUGAAGACCAAUUAUAAACUCAACUACGAUGUCCCAAAGCUUUCGUCUUAUCAGCAAGUGAGAGAAGAAGCUAAAGGGGUAAAAGUGAGGUCCAGUGUAACAGGAAGUGAUGCCAGCACUGCUGAUGACUCAAAUAAGCUUCCAAAGAUUAGCAAGAAACCAUCAGAUAAUAGUAAAGUUGUAAUCACAGGAGAUGAUGUUCUCAUUGAAUAUGUUUCAAGGCUCAUCAGGAAGUGCUAUGAUGAAAAUAAAAUAGUCCCAAAAGACUUAGGGUGUAUUGAGAAUUUCAUAUCUCACUAUGUAUGGCAUGAAGAAGACCUUCCAAAAGCUACAAUUCAAAAUAGGUUGAAGAAUAGAUUGGAUGAAAUGGUUUCAAGAAGAAAGAAAUUGUUAAAAACAUUAUGAAAGAAAGAACUUAUUGCAGGAAAUUACUCAGGCAGUGAAGGAUCUAGCACUAUUCAAGCAAUGAUAGACCAAAAAGAGAAACAAAAGUCUUCAUUACUUGAGAACUUCAAUGUUAGCUAUCUUGAGGAAAUGUUAAAAAGCACUACAAAGAGUAUAGCCAAAGAUGUUGUGAGCACUUUGAUCAAUACUGAAAGAUCAGGAGUGCUAGUAAAUAUGCAGAAGAGAGAGAAAAGCAUGAAAGGAAGUGAUACGACAGGGGUGCCAGGAAUAAGUGAUCCUGAAAAGAUAAAAAGCAUGAGCAUUCCAGAGAAGAAGAAAGUUAUUCCUGGACGUAGUGAUUUCAAAUCUUAA